AUAAAAUAUGUUAGAAAUUUUAAGUUUGAGAAAAAAAUUAUAGAAAUUAAUCAGUAAGUACAAUAUCAUUAUGUACAAUAUUACAUCAAUCAAACUAUAGAUAACCUGAGGUACCUAUUACUACAACUUUCAUGCUAUAAACAAUUUUCCUUGUGUGUCACAUGUGGAGCAGAUUAACAGUAACUGAUUUAUUAACACAAAGCAAUGAGGAGCAGCCUGGAGCAACACAUUUGAUCUUCAGUGGCUUUACAAAGGACCAAGUGAUGGCAGAACUGAAGCCAUAUGCCUCAAAAGAGAAAGGUACAGCAAAGCUCUUCAGAAUGCUAUUCAAUAUAGAAGAGAUUAAAGGCCGCUCAUUGUUUGGUAUGAGGAAAGGGAACAGAGAGUCUGACGCCAGACCUUCUUGUGCAGACAAGGCAAAACUUAAGUUCUUGGAAGAUUGUGCGCUCAAAAAGUUGCCGACAACCUAAAGGACUGAACUCAAACCGUCCAGGAAUAGCAAGAUAAACUGAAGAAAAUAAAUGGACUAAUGUUUUGCUAUUUUUUGAGACAAUAUAUAAUUUCAUAUGGAAACAUUAAAAAGGAUUAUUUUUAAAA